AUGUCUGUCCCCCAGACCCCCCAGACCCCCCAGGAGCCCCCAGGAGCCCCACCCCCUGGAUACCCCCCAGGAACCCUCCCUAGGAGCCCCCCCCAGAGCCUCCAGGAGCCCCCUAGAGCCCCCGGAGCCCCCACCCUAGAGCCCCUCAGGAGCCCCCACCUAGGAGCCCCCCACCCUAGGGCCCCCCAGGGAGCCCCCACCUCUAGGAGCCCCCCAGGAGCCCCCCCAGGAACCUCCCUAGAGCCCUGGGAGCCCCCCAGGAACCCUCCCCUAGGAGCCCCCCAGGAACCCUCCCUAGGCCCCCCCCAAGCCCCCCAGGAACCCCCUAGGAGCGGAGCCCCCCAGGAACCCCUCCCUGGAGCCCCCCAGGACCCCGGGAACCCCCCAGAGCCCCAGGAACCCUCCCUAGCCCCCCAGGAGCCUCAGGGGGACCCCCCUAGACCCCGGGAGCCCCCCUAG